CAAUACUUCAAGUGAUUAACAUAAAUGUCCAAAGGCCCCAGGUCAAUCAGGUUCGGUCUGUCGAACGGGUAAGAUCGUAGCUGGAAUCAGUUGAAACCUAUGGCGAGGAGAGCACCGGUUCUUAAAAAGCCGGUUCGGGAACGGAAAAAGAUAGGAAAGUUAGUCAAUGAGAGUGUGUAUCAAUAGACAAGAGUUGCGUCCGGUUUAUCAAGUGAUAAAAAGAGUGUGAGUGCUACGUGGUACAGUUAUCAUAUUCAGUUGGAUGCUGGAUGUAGACUAAUCCUGGACAGAUGGAUUUUUCCUGCUCUCGAUUCUUCAUUUAUUUGGAUAUACUUCUUCACCUUGCCAGACAAGAGAGUGAAUAUUUUGAGGAUCCUGGAAGGAUUGCAAACUGACGGAAGGGACAAGUGCAAAUUUUGAAAUGGCAGUUUAUUGCUUUCGGAGACCUUUGCUUUCGGUCCUGUUUAUUCUCGCGAUAAUGCAAGGAAUUUCAAGUCAUCCUCACAGAUUUCUUACAGCAAGCGAUGAUUUCGAAUACGGAAAUCGUGAAGCACCAUCUGGAUCUCAAAUUUGGAGCACGGAUGGAGAUUCACAGAAUCAGGAAAGGCCUUUUAAUAACAAUAAACGACCAGCAGUUGAUCAGCACGUGGAUCUAAAACCAGAGGGGAAAAUUGUUUCUUCAUCGACUUAUUUAAAUUCUGGGUACGCUUCCUCUAAUUCGAAAUUUUCAACUACUCAGAAAUCUAAUUUGGACUGGGAUCUGCAAGACAGAAGGGUUUUGGACCGAGAUAAACGACCAGCGCUUAAUCGCGGCACGACUCAAGAUUCAGACUCAAGAAUUGUUUUUCCAUCAGAUGUAGACAAUCAUCAUAAUUCGAAAAAAGUCUCAACAGUGCCUGUUUGCCAGGGUACGACUUUUUGCGAAAAUGCCCCAUAUUACCCAGACGAUUUGCUCAAUAAUGUAAUCAAUCAGGCUGAUGAGUUCAAAUAUCUUUCUGGAGUUGAUGUGAUAUCUAAUGUCGUGCAAAGAAUAGAUAUUUCUGACGAUUCACCACUUUGUGUUGCAAAUGAACAAGUCGUUUAUCCCCAAUCAGCAGAAAACAAGAAGAAAGAAUGGCUUUUCGUAGUGAAUCAUCGAAACUUUACGCAAGGAGUAAAAAUAGAAUCCUGCAGCGAAUUGGAGGGAGAAUGCAACUACAGUUAUAUUUUUCCUGAGGGUUAUAAAACGACUUGUAAGCAGAAAUAUAUUUAUCGCCAAUUGGCGGCAAUUUCACCCUCUGGUAAGAUCAAACCGGACUCGUUUCGAUUUCCGUCGAGUUGCUGCUGCCACGUUAAAUUUAUAGGAAAUCCACUUCUUCGGAUGGGAGUCUUAUUACCCAAGGCAAAUGUCACCCCAGUCCCGAAAAAAACGGAAAAAAAAUAAUUUUUUGUAUUUACAAAGACUAUUUUUAUUCAUCGCGAGCAAUAUUGAAAAAGCUCUAGUCGACUGGUAUGAAGGGGGCACUUGCUUACAGUGGAUAAUUCAGCCUACAGUGAAUAAUCUUUAAUUUAAAGCUGAACAAUACGAGAAAUAAUUAUUUCACAAUUUAAUUUAUUAACACCUAUCGGUGUCUCAACUAUUGAUAAAAUUAUAUCAAUUUUUUAUCUACAUUAGUAUGUUUAAUUAAUCAUUAUCCGCUGUAGGGAGGUUUCCUUUAAUCUAAAUUUUUUAUAUAUGGUUUAUUAUAUAAUAAAAAAAUAAGAUCGGUUUUGCUAAUUUUGAGAAAAGAUUGUAAAAUGUUGGUGCAAUGGUUUUGGCUUUCGGGUCCCAAAAAAUUGAAGUAAAUUAGUUAAUAAUUGAGCCAAUAGUUUCGGCACACAAUGGUGGCCCCAUAAUGUUGUAAAUAUUUUUAUAAA